AAAUGAAUCAAAUGUUAUGAUUUCGUAUUGGUUAUUGAUUUUUUUAAUUUUUUUAAAUUUUUUUUCUUUCCCCUAGCUUUAAAUCUAGAAAGAAUGCAUGGUGAAAUUGCGUCAAGUCAAAUAAUUGUGCUAGAGAUGAUCUAAAAUCUGAUUAAUUAGUUGAGCCUCAAACAUCUGCUAGAAUAUACUAACGACCAACCAUCAUAUUUGUCAAAAAGCACCCCUAGCUAUUGUCAUUCACUCCGACAAAAUGAGAAAAGGAAAUUCUUUUCUUUUUUGCUAAGCUAUCUUGUUUUUCACCAAAGACUAGACAACGCCAAUGUUUUAUAAUGAACAAUGAAAGAUUUUUGUAGUCAAACGUAGAUAAAAAGCACUUGAGUGCCCAUAAGUGCCUUCCCAUGUGCAUCCAAUCCCAGUUCCCACCCCAACCCCCCCUUCAUCUCCAACCCUUAACCUUCUUAUUUGCAACAAUUUCUUUAAUUUUUAAAAUGUCUGAGAAAAUCCUUGCCUGUAAAUUAUAAUUAUAUAAAUCAUAUAAGGUAGAAGGAUCACUUAAGGAUUAUUUUGUUAAUUUAUAUUUAAUUAAAUUAAUACAUAUCAAUACUCUAACCCUAUUUGUGAAGUAAAUUUUUUUUUUAAAAGCUGGGCAUAAAUAAAGAAUAUAUCAUAAUGAAUUUAAGUUUAUAUUUUGUCAUGAAUGAAUUAAUUGAUAUCAAGGUAAAGAAUAAAGUCCUGUUGACAUGGUAGAUCUCUUUUGUAAUCUACUCAAAAUCUUAGCUUAAAAAAAUUAAAAAGAAAAAAAAAACCCCAAAGUUGGUGGUUAUAGAAAUAGGAAAGGACGGGAAAGUUUCCAAAGUGGCUUUUGUUUCUUGUCAAUGUUAGUUAAUCUCUUGUCUCAGUCUCUCUCCUCAGUCUCUUCCCUUUAUUCACGCCGCUUUCACUUCCCAAUUUUCAUUCAUGUACUGCUACUUUUUUGUUCAUUGCCAUUUACUUAACCAGAACAAAACAAAAGAACCCAAAAUUUUCAAAGUCUUGUUUCCUCACCCUGUUAGGCUGUUCCCAUCCAUUAGCAUCUGCUCUCUGUUGUUUCCUCACUCUUGUGUUUUGCUCUCUCUUGUUUUCACCAAAAAUGUCUGAAUUUUCUUUGGCUUCCGCAACUGCCAAGAAGAAAACUCAUUUGUCAAGUCUGUUAACUCAUUUGUCAAGUCUGUUGCUCUCUGACUUUAUAAUCUUUUGUUCUUUCAUUCUCUCCCACCCUCUCUAUUUCUCUUACUUCAUCUUCCUCUCCCCUUACCUCUUCAAGAUUUUCUCUUUUCUUUCACCUCUCUUUGUUACCACUAGUCUCUUGCUUCUUGCUUUUUUCACUCUUACUCCCAGCUUUGUCAACCAAGCUGGUUCUUGCCACCUCGAAUAUUUACCAGAAUCCAAGGUAAGUUUCCUACUUACUACCUACCAAACACUUGUUGAAACAUUAAGGUCUAAAGUUAACGAUGAAAGUGAUGGCUUCGGAUGCUUGGAAGAGCUUGAAGCAUAUAAGAUCGUGUUUGAAACAUCAACUACUCUUGAAGUUUUGGAGAUGGCGACCAAAGAAGAUUGCUUGGAAGCUGUUGAUGCUCCCGUUGACAAGGGUGUAAAUGUACGUGAAACAUUGACGAGUACUAGUUUAGAUGAAAAAUCAGGGCAGGUUACGCGUCCAGAAAGUAAUCAGGUAAAGGCAGUGGUGAAGAUCUUUGAAGACUUCUUGCAGGAAAAGGAGGGCGUUGAAAAUUUGUCUUUGAAAAGGAGAGAAAAAGAAGUCAAGUCACUAAGCGUAGAGUCCAAUAAAGGUGAGGAACAAAAAGAAGAAGAGUUGAUGAGAAGCGGAUCCAAGGCAAUGGGGAAUAGAAUAAGUGAUCCUAAAGUGAGUGCUGACAAUGGCGGGGAGCAUGCUGACAAAGCAAUGGUGAAUUCCCAAAGAGCUAAUUGGAGUACUGAAAAUGAUGGAGAUAAUUACAAUUCCAAAGUUACAGAUAACUACCAAACAAUGGGAUCAACUCUUGGGAAUUUCGGGUCAAUGAGGAAAGAGAAGGAGUGGAGGAGGACAUUGGCAUGCAAGCUUUUCGAGGAAAGACACAAUAUGGAAGGAGGUGAAGGGAUGGAUUUGCUUUGGGAGACAUAUGAAACUGAUUCCAAUAAGGUGCAACUGAAAAGCAGGUCAAAGAAAGGAAAGAAAGGUGGCAACGAGUACUACGAUCAUGAUGAGGAUGGCUAUGAGGAAGACUCGGAUGGGCAGUUGUGCUGCUUACAGGCCCUUAAGUUCUCAGCUGGAAAGAUGAAUUUGGGAAUGGGAAGGCCUAAUCUUGUUAAGAUCUCCAAGGCCCUGAAAGGGAUUGGAUGGUUGCACCAUGUUAGCAGCAGACAUGUCAAGAAAGGGGUACCAGUAAAUUAGAUUUUACUCUCUAUUAAACUAUGCUUGAUGAGAAUAGUGGAUAUGUGUAUUUCUCUAAGGAUCACAAGUAAAUAUGUUCUUUGAUUUCACAUGAAAUGUAGCUCUUUUUUCUUUUUCUUUUUCCCACUUGCAUGGGGUUGAUGAAUGAGACAAACAACUGCUAGAGCAUAAAAAAUUUGCAGAAACCCAACUUUGCAUAUUGUGAUUCUGCAUUGCAACAUUUGCUCAU